AUGGGCCGAAAGCGUGGAGGGGAAGGAGGGGGUGGCGGAGAGGCGGAUUCAAUCCCCAGCUUGCCGGCAGGAGCUCUGGAUCCAGCUGCGCUAGGGUUUCCUUUGCCGCCCGGAGGGCCCACAGCGCCCCCGGCUCCGCAGACAGUGCCCGGGCUUGGUCCGGGCGGCCCUCCACCGACCCCCACAGCCUUGGCAACCCCUGGUGGGCCCCCAGCGCCGCCAGCGCCCCCCAACUUCCAAGGCUUUCCUGGCCUGCCCGGCGGACCACCAGGAGGACCCCCCGGCCCAGGCCUCCCCAACAACCUUCUACCCCCAGGCCUCGCAGGCCUCGCGAUGCCAAAAGGUCUUGGCUUUCCAGGGGCACCAGGCCUCGCAGGCCUCCCGCCAGGGCUACAACUCCCUCCAGGAGUGCCGACUCCGCCCAAGGCCCCUGGCCUCCCGGGCUCUGCUCUUCCGCCGCCGCCACCGGGCAUGGGUUUGGGAGGACUCCAGCUCCCACCUGGCAUCGGCCCACCCCCAGCGCUGCCGAAGCUCCCCUUCCCCGGCAUGCCCCCGCCCCCGAACUUGGACUCUGAGUCCCUGGCGCAGAUGAGGUUCCAGCAGGUGGCGUCCGAGUACGAGCAGAUCAAAAGUGCGGGGAUCGAUCCGCAGGUUGCAGAGCUGGCGGAGUACCAUGGGCUAGAUGAUCGCGCAACGCGUGCCCUCGACGAAGAGAUGAAGAAGCGAAAAGAGACGUUUGAGUCGGACCUGCAAGCUCUUUGGGUCGGCUUGGAAGGAUCGAAGAAUCCAUCAGGAAUGCUGAUGAUGAAGUUGAAAGAUAUGCGCAUGGGAACCUUCAAAGGCAUGACGGCAUUGAACAAGAAGAUCCAAGACUUCGCGAAGAGAAACCGUUUGGAUGCACAAGCUGCUGUGAAGCUGGCGGAGGUGAUGGAAAAUCGUGACGAUGUGGACGGUGACCUCGCGAAGCUUGCCAAGCAUCUCGAGCGCUCCAACAAGCCUUCUUCCCUCGUCAUGAUGAUGCUCCGCGACCUUCGAGAGGGAAAGCCCGUCAAGGACCCUGAGUAUGCAGCCGCCAUUGGCAGCAAGGUGCACGAGCGUGAGCUCCGGCAGUCCAUGAAGGAGCGAGAUCGAAGUCGGAGCCGGCAGAGGGGUGGCCGGGAUGAGGCGCGAGGUGGCCGUCACGACAGGGACAGACGCGACCGUGAUCGCGAUCGAGACCGUGGUGGGGAUCGUGGUGGGGACCGUGGUGGGGACCGUGGGGAUCGUGAUCGUGAUCGAGACCGCGAUCGCCGCGACCGUGGUGACGACAGACGCGAUAGAGGCGGCGGCGGUGGCGGUGGCGGUGGCGGCGGUGCACCCGACCGGGGUGAUCGGUGA